AUGCAUUUUACCGCAGCUUUUGAAGAAGCUGCUACUGCAUCCAAAGCCCAAAAAUCCCUUCCCAGCAGACUAGCUCCACGCUUGGGGAUUUGGUUUUGCGCUACAGUAGCUCGUUUGGCCUGGCGUGGCUCUGUAGCCCUCGUCUGUGGUGAUUUCUUCUCCCGCUCUCAGUUUCCCUCGCUUUCUCUCAUGACUCAUCUCCAUUCUCCUGCCCAACAGCUCCCUACUUCUCUCGGUUUCUCUCAGUUUCCUACUUCUCUCAUCUCUAUUUCCACAAGCAGAUUCAUUGCUGGUGGGUUUGCUGAGAUUUUUCAUCCUCCUAAAAGACAAGGGAUGGAUGCGCAGAAAAAUGCAUAUUUCACAAAUCUCUUACAAGAUGGCUUGAUCUUGGAUGAUGAACUCUCAAUGGAGCCUCAAGAUGAAGUUGGAUUUACUUAUGCAAAUCAAAAUGCAGAAGAGUUCACCCAAGCAUCUCAAACCUCAGCUCAAAUGGGAUCCACUUCUAAGAAACCGCAACGCGGUGGCAACUUCACCGAUGAAGAAGACAAAUUGCUUGUAUCGGCAUAGCUGAAUAUAAGCUUGGAUGCCGUGCAAGGGAAUGACCAGAAACGUAAAACAUAUUGGAGAAGAGUGUGGGAUUAUUUCCACGAGCACAAGUCUUUCGUUUCUGAGCGUAAUGAGAACUCUCUAAUGAACAGAUGGUCAGCAAUUCAACUUUCUGUUAACAAGUUCUGUGGAUGCUAUGCUCAAAUUGAAUUGAGGCAUCAAAGUGGUGUGACCGAGGAAGACAAGGUCUCUGAAGUAAAAACUUACUACAAGUCACUCGAGACCUCAAAAAAUACCUCAAAAAAUAGCUCA